GGCCCCAGAACAAAAGCUGCCUCCCCUCAUCCCUGACCAGGCUCCCCUUUCCCACAAUGCCUCUGUCUCCUUGCUGUGGCCUAGAUGAGCUCAGGGAUGCCCUUGGCUGGGCCUGGAGGCUCCUCCAGCUAGUGUCGAGGCCAGCACUGUCUGAGAAGGGAGUGGACCAAGAGGGAGUGUGUGGGGUGGCCGGAUGCCAGAUUCGAUCAAGAUCAGGUUGGGGCAGGUUCUGUUUCCAAAAAAUGAAAAGUUGGAGGUCAGGAGAGCCUAUAAAUCCCUACCCUGGGUGUCUUGGCCACUUUACUCCCUUCUGGGUCUUUCUGCCACCUGGUCUGAUCCAAGAUGUCCAGUCCCCUGGAAGAGGCUAUGAAUGUGAUUUUCGACACCUUCUACAAGUACUCCUGUCAAGAGGGUGACAAGCGCAAACUCAGCAAGGGGGAGAUGAAGGAACUUUUGCAGAAAGAACUGCCGAGCGCUGUGGGGGAGAAGGCAGAUGAAGAGGGACUCAAGAAGCUGAUGGAUGACCUUGAUGAGAACAGUGACCAGGAGAUAGACUUCCAGGAGUACUCUAUGUUUCUGGCAGCUGUCCUUAUGGUACGGGAAGACCUCUUCCAGGGGUCCCCAGACAGGCCCUGAAGCAGUGUGCCACUCCCUGCCACGUGUCUCCUGGACCGAUAAGCUCUCUGUCUUUUUGAACUUGUGUUAAAUAUACUUUUGUUUGUUCAUUUGUGGACAAUAUUGUAAUGGCUCAGUGAUGCUUUGUGCCUUGGCUGGAUCAGUUAAAGGGCUGGAAACAGAAAGCUCUCUGGUUUCCAACACUUUCUGUACCCUGACUCUCCUGAGGCCAAAGGUUCUACUCUUUGGGAUUUCACAUAAAUGAAUGAGAUUUUGGGAACUGAGGUAGGCUAGUAACAUUUUAUUUUGUUAAGAAAGAUAUUUUAAAAAGGCAGGUUGGGCAUAGUGGUUCAACCUUUAAUCCCAGCACUC